GCCGGUGCGGUUCCGGGGCGGGCCCGCGGCAGCGCGGCGGGGCCGGGCCGGGCCGGAGCCGGAGCUGUCGGUGUCAUGGCGCUGAACCUCGGCAAGAACGGGCGGGCGCUGCAGGAGGCCUACGGGCGGGUGGUGGCGGCGGGGAGCCCGACGGACUGGGCUCUGUUCACCUACGAAGGCAACAGCAACGACCUGCGCGUGGCCGGCUCCGGGGAUGGUGGCCUGGAGGAGAUGGUGGAGGAGCUCAACAGCGGGAAGGUGAUGUACGCCUUCUGCAGGGUGAAGGACCCCAACUCCGGCCUGCCCAAAUACGUCCUCAUCAACUGGACUGGGGAAGGUGUGAAUGACGUGAGGAAAGGAGCCUGCGCCAACCACCUCAGCACCGUAGCCAACUUCCUAAAGGGGGCUCAUGUCACCAUCAACGCUCGCGCCGAGGAGGACGUGGAGCCUGAGCUCAUCAUGGAGAAGGUGGCCAAGGCCUCUGGGGCCAACUACAGCUUCCACAAGGAGAACAGCAAGUUCCAGGACUCGGGCCCUCAGGCUCCUGUGGGCUCUGUCUAUCAGAAGACGAACGCGAUGUCCGAAAUCAAGAGGGUCAAUAAGGAUAACUUCUGGGCCAAAGCAGAGAAGGAUGAAGAGAACCGGAGGCUGGAGGAGAAGAGGAGAGCAGAGGAGGAGCGGCAGCGGCUGGAGCGGGAGCGGAGGGAGCGGGAGCUGCAGGAAGCAGCAGGGAGGGAGCAGAGAUUCAAAGCGAGAUCCAAUGAGAUCGAAGCCCAAAAGAGACUCCAGCAGCAGCAAGAGGCAGAGCUCAGGGACAAGGAGCAGCAGCAAUGGAAGGAGCGGGCAGAGGAGUACGAGGCCAGGAGGCAGAAGGGCAUCACAAGGAGUGAGUCGGUGGAGAAGGCACAGGAGGCUGCCUCGCUGAUAGCACAGAGAGAGGUGAACCCCCGGGACAUCUUCAAGCAGAGGGAGAGGUCGGUGCCAGUGGAGGCAGCAGUGGCUUCGCAGCCAGGCAAGCUUCGCAGCCCUUUCCUGCAGAAGGAGGUGGACUCAGCCCCGAGCCCUGCCUGCCCCGUGUCCCCUGCCCGGGGCACUGCUCCCACCGCCUUCAUCCCCUCUGGUGCCCGGGGGACGCCUCCAGCCUCUCCGGUGCCCGCAGCAGGGCGAGACUCGGGGUACAAUUCCAGCGUCCCAGCUUCCCAUGAGGAAGAGGCAAACCUCUAUGAGGAGCCACCGGACUCCUCAGCCAUCUAUGAAGAACCCCCUCAGGAACAUGUGGAUGAUGCCAAAUACGAGUACCCGGUGGAGUACCAGCAGCCGGACCUGACGGGGAAGGGGAUCUGUGCCCGGGCGCUAUAUGACUACCAGGCUGCCGAUGACACUGAGAUCUCCUUUGAUCCAGAGAACAUCAUCACCAACAUCGAGAUGAUCGAUGAGGGCUGGUGGCGCGGGUACGGCCCCGACGGCCACUUUGGCAUGUUCCCGGCCAACUACGUGGAGCUGAUCGAGUGAGGGGCCAUGGGGCUCGCCCCCAGGCUGCUCCCAGUCCUCCCAAUGGCUCUGCCUUCGAGUUCCUCCUCUUUUGACUCUGAUUCUCUCUCCACACUGGUGCCAUCGCCCUGCUCCCGGUGGGGCUGACCCCAGCACUGCUCCCUUCUCCCAUCCCCUAUUGCUGGCCCUUGGUUGGGAUGAAGGCCCCAGUCCCAUCCCAAG